CUGCCAACCUCAACUACCGCAACUGGAAGCAUUACCCUGCACACGCGCUUGGAUGGCAUCAAAUCCGUGGGCGACUUCGCCAACUUCACACGAUACCCCACUUCUGCCAAUCAGGGUCUGAAGAUCGAGGGCCACCCGGCCUUCCCGCUUCCGCUCACCCACGCCGAUGCCGAAAAGAUCAAGGGAGCUUGCAAACAGGCCCCGUUCGGCAAGGGCGAAGAUACCGUCGUGGACACCUCGGUGCGGAACACGUGGGAAUUGGGACAUACCGACUUCCAACUCAUCAAUCCAGAAUGGCCUGGUUUUCUUCAGAAAGUCGCCCUCACGGCAGCAAGUGGGCUUGGUCUCUUGAACAUAACUGUGAAGCCGCAUAAGCUGCUCCUCUAUGAGAAGGGAUCAUUCUUCAAGCGCCACAAGGAUUCCGAAAAGGAACCCGGCAUGGUGGGCACGCUUGUGGUGUGCCUCCCGUCAGAACACCAAGGGGGUGAUGUCCAUCUCACGUUCGGCUCCGACCAGCGCACCUUUUCGACCGCGCCGUCGUCAACUUUCGACGUGAGCGCUCUUGCUUGGUUUUCCGACGUUACGCACGAGGUCAAGGAGUUGACGUCGGGCUACCGUCUCGCCUUGACCUACAACAUCAUCCAGAACGGACCGGUCAAGCAGUCGGCGGGCUUCUUCGGACAGCAGGCGCAGCAAGUCAAACAGGUGUUGCUUCAAUGGCAGAUCAACUUCUCUAAGGAGAAGAUGCUUGUGUAUCCCCUGGGUCACAAGUACUCCGAGUCGAGUUUGUCCAUGCGGAAUAUGAAGGGCCGAGACAAGGCAGUUUGUCAGGCCUUGCAGGAUGUGGCAUCUCAGAGCGGCGUCUUUCUCCUCUUCGCCCACCAGACACAUACUCAGGGCGAAGAUGCGGAUGAUUAUGGCUAUGGAGGAUAUGAUGACGAGGAAGACGUUGCUGGGACUUCACUGGACGCCAUAUUCACCCCUGAGGGUAAGCAGAUUGCCACUCACAUCAUUGUCGACGACGAUGAGAAUUUGGUGCCGAACUUCUUCAAAGAGCGAGCUCCAGACAGUGAGGAGGAAGGUGAGUUCACUGGGAACGAAGGUGCUGCUAAUACCUAUCGAUAUCACGACACAGUUGCAGUGCUCGUCAAAAAGCAGCAUCUAGCGAAAUUCCUGAAGAACGACCGAUACAGCGUCGGGCCGGACGCACAUACAGACAACAUGGUAAAAUUCGUGACUGCAGAUCUGGAGGAGCACGUCGAGCAUAAAUCUACCAAACUCUCGGCUUUAGAGUUCCUGAGAGCCGCGCUCCAGAUAAAGGGAGGCUCGCAAAAGACCACACCUCCGAUCGCCGUGUAUUGGGCGCUGGAGCUUGACGACCCGGCACUCUUCCGGGGGGCCAUGGUCGCCGCCACACAGGCCAGCCAAGAAACAUACACUGAGGCCCUCAGUGUGACAUGUGUUUACGUAGAAGCACACUUCUCGGAGAAUCCUGAUGCCAUUGAGUGGGACAAGUGGCUGGGCGACACCACCAACUCAAGCCCCCUUUCGACAUUCUACAACAGCAUUCAGCACUUCAUACCCCGGUUCAAGUCAGACGCUGUUCGAGACUCGUUCAGCAAAUGGAGCGAGUCGAGAUUAGAUUGGAAGCUCGGAACUUUACCUGAGCUGGGCACUAUUGAACUCAGUUUCUUUGCCAAGACGCUGGAAUCUCGACACGAUAAACCGGAUUGGAUCAUGUCAAGUCUUCUUCCAGCGUUGACUUCUCGUGGUACUCGCGACCUCAUCUACAAGGUGCUUAAUACGGUCUUCGUCAAGCGGGAACAGCGGGAGUUCAAGAACGCAAAGGACAUCUACCAGUUCAUCGUACAGAACGGGCUCGUAAAGCUGCUGAUCACGGGCGAGGAUCUUGCCCCCAUAAAAGUGCCUUACGGCACGUCGGCCGGCAUUGGCCCACUCACCGAGUUCGUCUACCGGGUGAACGAAGGUCUCAGUCUCGGUGCCACAGAAUCCGCUCUCCAGCUGCUGGAGGCGGGUUGUAACAACCUAGUGUGGACGAAGGCGGAAUGGGACCCCACGACCGUGAUGUUUAAUGUCGUGAAGCUGUUCUUGAAGCCUCUGAUCAUCACAUUGCAAAAGCACAACGUCCCGAGCUCUCAUCACGAAUCGAUCCGGAGCCUCUUCGAGGUCGUCAUCGGCGAAGGACUCCACCGGCAGCUCGGCCCCUUCCCGCCGCCACCGGUCGGCUGGAGUUACAAGCCGCGCCGGUGCAGGCCCGCCGGACAUCCGAAAAUGUUUGGAAGCCAUGGGUACCAGAGCCAGUGUACCGAUUGCCCUUCUCUCGAAGCAUUCCUGACAGCUCCGGAUCAGAAGGUCUGGAGGUUCUCCGCGGCAGAACCACGUCGUAAGCACGUUGAGAGCGUGCUCUACGAAUGCACGAGAUUCUUCAAUCUCAGCACGGAGCGCGGGCGGUCUCCGUAUACCCUGGUUAUCGAGAAGAACGGUGGAGAGUACCAGGCCGAAGUCGAGCAAUGGCGGACCCGUCUCCGGGGCCUAGAAAGCAAUCUCGCGCCGCUGCGGAACGAUCUCGUGCAGACCAUCCUCGGCGAAGAUAGAUACCGGGAGCUGAUUCUUCUCGAGGGCAUGCAGGGUCAGGGGACCUUGGGGAACGGUGCCGGAGUGAAGAGGGAGGCGGAGGAGCCCGCGUUUGGGCAGCCGCCCGCUGCUCAUCGCAGAAUGUGGUGA